UUCAUCAUUGGAUUCAUGGAGGCCGACGAGGCUUGGUAUGGAGAUAUAUCAGAUAUACCAUUGAAGUUGUUUAUUACGACAGCGUCUGAAGUUCCUGUAAGUGUUAAUGUUUCUGCUCCUAUGUCCAAGACUCUUUACCAUGGUGACCGAUUUACCGUUAAAAGGGGGACCAUAAAGCAGAUAUCGAUUCCAAAGUCCCUUAGAGUAGAGGGAACAUGGCGUGCAAAGAAAGCAAUUCACAUUGUCUCGUCUGAUGAAAUUGUGGUGUUUGGAAUAAACCAAGCGAGGCUUUCUACUGAUGGCUUUCUUGGAAUGCCUUUGGAUGUAUUGGGAACUAAAUAUUUUGUUCCUUCCUUCUAUUCAACUGCUCAAAAUUUUUACCAGUCGGCCAUUCUCAUAGCUGGGACACAAGACAACACCAAGUUGAACAUCAAACUGCCAAUGGAACAUAACAUUAAUAUACAUCUUGAAGGAAAAAGUUAUAAUCAGGGUGACUGGAUCAACAUGACAGUCAAUAAAUAUGAUACCUUACAGCUUCUUUGCCACGCCGAUUUAACAGGUACGGUUGUUUUAUCUUCAGAGAAAGUAUCUGUUUUCGGAGGAUCUACCAUAACUUCUGUUGGAGUAGGAACUUCACGGGAUCACAUCGAAGAACAAAUACCACCUGUCAAUGUUUGGGGGAAAUCAUUUGCAAUAAAUCCAUUUCCCGAUACCAAUCCAAACGUUAUCCGAUUUUUGGCAAGUGAAGAUGACACUUUUGUCAACAUUGAUGGUAAACCAUCUGUUCACAUGUCGGCUGGAAAUUUUCAUGAGUUGGAAAUGGACAGUUUCUCUUUAAUUACUUCCAACAAGCCAGUUUUAUCUGUGCAGUAUGUUCCCAGUGGAACAUGUAAAGAUUAUGUAGUUCCAGGCUGCCACAAGGGCGAUCCAGCUAUGACUUUAAUUCCCCCAAUAGAACAAAGUAACACAUUCUACUCGUUUUUAACACCGCUUUCAUCUAAAAAUUCUAACUAUAAAAACAUAUUCAUGUUCUUUAUAGAAGAUUCCUACGAAAGUGGAAUAUUACUUGACAAUAAACACAUCAAAAGGAGAGCCUUCCACAAUGUAGUGCACAGACACAAUCUCUCUGUUGGUUAUAUAGACAUUCUACCUGGUGGUCAUACCAUAGAACAUUCUUCCAAAAAUGUACCCUUUGGAGGGAUACUUUAUGGCGGUAUCCAGUAUGAAUCGUAUGCUUUCCCUGUUGGUCAAAGGUUUGCCACGAUAAAUAAGAAAGAAUGUCGUCCUACUGUAAUGACCAUUGGAGAUGGUAUAGAUAAUGAUUGCGAUGGACAAGUAGAUGAGGAGAUUUGUAAUGAUCUACAAGGUAAAUAG